AUGGCCGAAACCGAGUCCCCACCUGGCCCCAAAGACAAACUAGAGGUUGCCUUGUUCCUUGCCGCUAGCAAAGGGUAUGAUACCAUUGUCACGCUUCUGUUAGGCACCCCUGGCGUGACUCUGGACUGCAAGGAUGAACUAGGUCGGACGCCAUUCUUCUGGGCCGCCGCCGAGGGCCACGACAAGGUCCUCCAAUUGCUCCUUGGAACCGGUGCUGUGGACCCAAACAUCAAAGACGCUAAGCGUGGACAGUCGGCAAUUUGUGCAGCUGCGGAGGGCGGCCAUGAGAGCGUUGUUGCCCGGUUGCUUGGUGUCGGAGUGGAUUGCCAUGCUGCGGACUCUCAAGGGAAGACACCGUUGGCAUAUGCGGUCGAAAAAGAGAGUGUAUCGAUCCUGAAUAUACUGCUAAAAGCGGGGGCAGAUCCAAAUGUGAUAGAUGAGGGCGGCCUGAUCCCAUUAUCGACUGCGGUAGAGAAAGGCAAUCCUGAUAUUGUGGAAAUGCUUUUGAAGUCCGGGGCUGAUCCCAAUGCUGUGGCUUCGAAUGGGUGUCCGCCACUAUUGUCGGCGGUGCAGGCUGAUAAUGAAGUCAUCGUGCAGUUGCUUCUGGAAGCGAAAGCGGAUCCUAAUCUUAAAGACUCGGAAGGGAAUGCGCCACUAUUGUGCGCUGUCGAAGCAGGAAAUGAAACCAUGGUGCAGUUGCUGCUGAAGGCAGAAGCAGACCCCAAUGUGAAGGAUGCAGAAGGAAAAGCACCGUUGUCAUACGCUGUAGAAGUGGGUAACGAAAUCAUUGUGCAGAUGCUGCUGAAGGCGAAAGCAGAUCCCGACGUCAAGAAUCCAGAAGGAAGAGCGCCGUUGUCAUGCGCUGUGGAAGGGGGGGACGAGAUCAUGGUGCAGAUGCUGCUCAGGGCUAACGCUGACCCUGAUGUGAAGGACGGGGACGGGAGGCCACCGUUGCUAUGGGCGGUUGACAAAGGAUCCGAGGAGGUAGUGCGAUUAUUGAUUGCGUCUCGAAGGGUGGACCUCAAUGCAGUCGAUGAUGGUGGCCGUUCUGCACUGUGGUGGGCUGCAAUGUCUGGGCAAUUGAAUAUCGUCCGGCUGCUAGUUCGGUACGGAGCAGAUAUGGAGAUGCAGCCUUCCUCAGGAGAGAAGUACGAGCAAUGUGGCACGCCCUUGUACCAGGCUGGCCGUCGGGGCCACUUCGAUGUGGUCAAGUAUCUGAUAAAGAAGGGGGCAAAUAUCAAUGCUCCGGCUGGAGAACCAGGUCUGUCGCUACUGAUAUCGCUGGUGCUCUUUGACCGAACUAAGAGGGGCAGACGAAUGCUUGAGCUUCUGCUCGAUAGAGGCGCGGACAUCAACUCACAAGACGGGUCCGGGAAGACAAUCCUGGAUCUUGCAGCGGCAGCCGGCGACGUCGAGCUGGCCGAACUCGCAUUAGAGCAUGGAAUUAUGUUAGAAGCCACCGCGAAGGAUGGCAUGACGGCCCUGCAUCGCGCAGUACUACAUCAGCACGAUAUCAUCAUGGACAUGCUCCUGGACGCUGGCGCCGAUGCUGAAGCACAGGAUGAGAAAUCCCCCGACAUCAAUAUUACUAACUUCUCGGGUGAAACUCCGCUGCACAAGGCAGUGCAACGGGGUCGGCGAAAGAUGGUUGAGUAUAUGCUGCAAAAUGGAGCCGACGUCAGCAUGCGCGAUGACUAUCAAAGGACGCCGCUACAUAAGGCCGUAGGGUCCGAGAAUAACGUUAUGAGAUUAUUAGUCAAUCGGGGGGCGGAUGUUCAUGCGAGAGACAUGUUCGGCCAGACUGCCCUUCAUAUGGCAGCAGAGGCCGGGCUAGCGGAGGAUGUUUACUUCCUAUUGGGUCAUGGAGCAGCCGGAGAUUUACCAGAUGAUCGUGGUCGAACGGCACGGGACUUGGCUGUCAAGGCGAAGAAGAAGAGUGUCAUAAGAAUCUUUGAACGGAUGGAACUAAUGGUUGCCAAAGAUGAGGAAGAAUCAUCCUCCGAUGUUUCGUCUGAUGAAUGA